AUGAUGAAGCCCUGCAAGCCCGUGUUGAUAAGGAGGAGUGAAGUGGAAGGAGUGACGGAUGCUUCCCUGGCCAAAUCUUCAAAUGUUGAUGCCCGCAGGAUGGAGAAACAGACCUUGGUGACGGCUAUCAGUUUGUCCAUGAGCCUGGCAUCACUGGCACUUCUCAUCACCGCUAUCAUGACCGACCACUGGUACGAGACGGACACUACACGGCACAGGCAGAACUGCGACCAGUUCGGGCCGGACGCCAACGACCAGAAGAACCGGCGGAUGCCCAUUUAUCACCUGCCCCUGAUGGACAGCAGCAAUCCUCGGAGGAACCAGGCGCUGCUCCGGGCGAUCCACGUCGGGAGUAGAGAGGAGGAGCUCCUGGAAAACUGGAGGUCAAUUUUGGGAAUGGGAAUUUUAGAAACGGAAUGCGGUCGCCCUCUUUUCUCCACUUACUCUGGACUUUGGAGGAAAUGUUAUUAUCUAGGAAAGGACAGGGACAUCGACAACCUCAUUGCCAAGGGUAAGAGAUGCUGUGGGGAAUUUGAUCCGGGGUCCAGUACGGUGCAGUGAAACCGCAUCCCUUGUACAUAUAGGCCUAAACAUCCGACGCAAUGGUAGGCCUAUUUGUAAAUGAUUAAAAGUUACAUUCCGGCAUAUGCACUGCUGUUUAAUGGCCAUUCAAUUAAUUAUAUAAUACCUCCACUGACCCUUGAAUAAUAAACUCAUGAGUUUAGUACAACUGACUUAACCCAUCAUAACUCAAGAUGUGAAGUUGUUUUUGUUGUUAUUAACAGAUGUAUAGCUUCAAAACUAUCAUGUUGUCCUCGGAGAUUAUGUGUGGGUCUAGCCUAUCUGUAAACCAUGGGCGUGCAAAGUUCAGUCCAUAACAAAUCUAUUAAUUCGGAUAACCACCAUGGCCUAUGUGCGUAGGCAGGUUGCAUGCGCGCUUGCGUGUCCACCAUACAGACCUUAAAAGAAGCUCCGAUCUGAUCAGUUUUAGACUGCAUCUGACAGAAAACAACGUUAUUACCUUGGACCUGACACGAAAGGCAUUUCCACCAUGCACCCCCGUGUGUACUUCAUACUCCAGGCAACUAGGCAGCGUUUCGUGUUAAAUAUAAAUUAUUAUAUUUCUAUGAUCCAUAUAAUUUGCAUGAGGAUGGAAAGUGACAUCAAUAUUAAUUAAUAUAUGUGAUUCAUUCAGUAUUUACCAAAUCAAUAGACGCGCACCUUCUGUGCGUAAAAUUCACUAAAGUCAAUCAAAAGCUCGGGUUCUCAAGUUAAAUUUUUUUAGACCAAUUAAUAUAGCAAGUGAAAACGGAAAUGUUAUUUGGGCAACUUUUUGUAAUAUUGGUAGACCUAUAUUAUUUGUGGAAGGGGAGCAGGUCAGAUCCCUGCCAUAGUUAGUCUUCUUUGCUGCCUCCAAGAGAGGGGACAAUAUUACACCACUCAAAAAAUGUAACCCCUUUUUGUUACCCAUCAGAGAUGUAGGUCUGUUGGGGUUGAAACGAAAUUUCCCCAUGUUUAGCUUUCACUAGUCUCUUCUCACAGCCAUGUGUAGAGGCUUUCAUAGUGCUGAGGAAGAUGUAUAAAAUCUGCCAUCUUGUGGGAAAAUACAAAUGUACAGCCUCUAAAACCUUAUUAUGAAGUCUGUUCACGUGACACGGGGGUCUGAAUAUCAAAGUAGCCUUAACGAGUACGUACGUGACUAUAGCAACUAAUCAUAUAGAGGAGGAAUGCUAGCCUGAUGAGGAAGAAUAAAUCAUGUCAUUAAAGUGAUAGAUCCCCUUCGGGGCGGCAGGUAGCUUAGUGGGUAAAAGCGUUGUGCCAGUAACCGAAAGGUCGCUGGUUCUAAUCCCCGAGCCGACUAGGUGAAAAAUCUGUCGAUGUGCCCUUAAGCAAGGCACUUAACCCUUAUUGCUCCUGUAAGUCGCUCUGGAUAAGAGCGUCUGCUAAAUGACGUAAAUGUUUAUAAAAAGUAGAAACGGGGGAGUCUACUUUAUAAAUGAAUACUUAACAGCCACAGCUUUUCUCAAGACAAGUCUCCUUGAGAAACACUUUGCCUUUUCUGCUACUCAUUAUGUUCACACAAGUUCUUGUCUCUAUGCAGGUAUAGCCCAGCGAUGCAUCACCAUCAAGUACCAUUUCUCCCAGCCAAUCCGGCUCCGCAACAUCCCGCUCAACUUGACCCGCACCAUCCAGCAGGAUGAGUGGCACCUCUUACGUAAAUACAUUUUCUCAUUAUGAAAGAGAUUCCCCAAUGAGCCUUUCAUUAAAUGAUUCAUCCAGACAUCUUUGAUUACUCUUCUACUACCUUCCAUUCAAAAGGAGGGCACAUGUUAAUUUUACAUUAAUUACAUUUAGCAAUUUACCAAAGUUACCAGAAUCUUCAGUAAUUUUGGUCAAAUCUAUGGCAAUCAAUAGAUUUAAUGGAGGGGUAAUAACUUUAAUAACUUUUUAAAAAAUAUAUUAAUAUAUAGUAUUUAUUAUGUGUCCAUAUUGUCCAUGAGUUUCUAGUAGAUUGACCAUAUGGUUGAAGAGAAAAUGGCCUAAUUAAUGAAAAAAAUGCAUCUAAUCAAUAAUGGCAUUAUUUUCAAUUAACUCUGCAACUCUUCCAACUAUUGGCUUUUUUCACAACUGCCAGCAGGUUGACGUCAAAACAUUGACAAGAAAUACCUAUUGACAUAGUAAAAUAAAUACAAGUUUGUAAAAUAAAAUAUAAAGGAUAUUUCAUGCUUAAACCCUCAUAUUAAACACCAAUGGUAUUCUCUAAGUUCAUGGUAUAUAUUUAGGUUAAUGUUUUACAGCUUUGUCAUUCUAUUUUUUUUCUUUCAUAUAUUUUACCUGUGAUAAUCUCAAGUACCCAAAAGGGCCACUAGAUUAGAACGUUUCCAGAAAUAUACCCUCCCUUUGCAACCCUAGUGGUUACAGAGAGGGAAACAGUGUCUCUUGCAUAAGUGCUCACCCUCUUCUCCCUUCCUCUUCCUUGAAUCAGACCUGCGACGGAUCACGGCAGGGUUUCUGGGUAUGGCAGCAGCCGUUCUGUUGUGUGGCUGCAUCGUGGCGUCUGUCAGCUUUGCCUGGGAGAAGAGUCUCACUCAGCAUGUCUCUGGGCUGCUCUUUCUCAUGGCAGGUACAGUUUACAACACACACAACUGAUACUGAUAGUCUGUUUUCUUAAAUACACAUUGAUUUUCUCUCUCUCACACACUCUCCUCCUCUCUUUGCGGUCACUCUCUUCCUUCUCAGGGAUCUUCUGCACUAUCUCCCUGUGUACCUACGCGGCCAACGUGUCCUACGACCUGGCCAGGGUCCCUCCCUUCAUCUACGGGCUGCCCGCGGACGUGGAGCAUGGCUACAGCAGGUCCAGCUUCUGUGCCUGGCUCAGUCUAGGGCUGACAGUGGCGUCUGGAUGCCUGUGCACCACCUUCCCCAUCCUCAGCCAUAGCGGCGGCAAAGCCCAGCAGGGCAAGAGAAAGGCUGCCCCCAUCGACUGUGUUUGACACACACCUUACUGCGUUUGAUAUACACUUUGCUGUGUGUUACACACACACCGAGCCUUAGCAAGGGCCUGCAGGCAGAAAGAGUCUAAGAUGUCUGUGUCUGACACCCCCCUUUACCGUGUUUGACAGACAUGUCACAGCAUUUCACACCUCUUACUGCAUCUUUC